AGCAGCAGGAGCAGCAGAAACCCCUCAACAGCAACAUUGUACCCAUCAGGAAGUGGUGAAGCUGAAGGCGUCUCACUGCUCAAACUGAUGUUCAGUCGGCAUCCGGACGACAUGAAGACUCCAGCUGUCUCUCUGCUCCUCAGUGUGUGUGUGCUGCUGCUGUCUGCACUAGCUGUUUCUGCAGUCUCUCUGCAGGUCAGUCCAAACCUCCAGCAGCUUAUCAGAGAAUCUUCUUCUGUGUCUCUGAGCUGUGUUGAUGAUGAAGGAGAGACAGCUGAUGGCUGGCUGGUGAAGAGGACUGGAAGAGGAUACACUGUGGACUGCAGAGCAGAUGCUUCAGCCUUUUGGAGGAAGUUUGAUUCUUUCUGUGUUCUCGACAUCUCUGAUUACUUUAAUGGGAUUUUCUUCUGUGAAAACUCAUCUGGACAGCAGAGCGAUGAAGUCUCCAUCAAUGUAACAGUAACAAGCUGGUUUGGUACGAUCCUGGAGAUCCCUGCACUUCCUGUGAGGGCAGGAAGUAAUGUCACUCUUCGAUGCAGACAUAAAUUCCUGAGUCGUGAAUAUAAUCACAGAUUUUCAGCUGAAUUCUACUUUAAAGGAAGUCGUGUUGUUUCUGAACAUCAAUCAGAGCUCCUCAUCACUAAUGUCCAGAAGUCUGAUGAAGGUUUCUACUCAUGUUGGGUUGAUCAAAAUUGGAGAUCUCCUCAGAGCUUUUUGAGGGUCAGAGAGUGUGAUCCCACUACAGCGCUCCCUUCUACUCCUCCGACUGCCUCUUCCACUCCUCCUCCUCCACUUUCUCUCAGUCAUACUCAGUUCAAAUUCUUGUGUUAUCUACUGGCCUUCUGUCCAUACUGUAUCUCUGCUGGUCUGCUGAUGUACAUCUGCUGCAGCAGGAAGUUGGAAAACAAGCCAGCCAUCUCCAUGGAGAUGACCCAGAACAAUGGAGGCGGUGACAAACUGGAUGAAGAGUGGGAGGUCAUCAGUGAUGAUGUCACCACCGAGCGUUAUGUCUGAGCUUUUGUUUGAAUAGUGGAUGAUCCUGAGUGUUCAUGGAUUCAUGUGUUCUUCAGGGUUGUAGAAGUGGGGCUUUCACUUGGUGUUGGUUCUUAAUGCAGUAAUGUAACAUGCAUAGCGGUGUUUUUGUGUAGCUUAUCUGUGUAGCCGGUUAAUUACAAACUUUACAUAACAACUUAUAAUGUAAUCUUCAUGUUCUUUAUCCAAAGCACACUCUCUGUGUAUUCACUCGCUAAUUUAUAUUCACAGUAUUCCCUCACUGUGUCUUUAGGGAUUUGCUAGCUUAGCUUGUAGCCAACAUUCUAGCAGCAUGGCCUUUUCACCUGUCCCUCCCGCACGUUCCUACUCAGUGUAUCAGAUAUCUAGCUACUCCUCGGCUUCCUUUAGUAAAAAAGACACGUGGAAUAAAUGUACCCUGUCUGCAGCUCUGAAUUGAAGACUCUGCUUCGCACCCUUCAUUCACCCGUAGCUAGCCAGGCCCCUGUAGCUGGUGCAGCCGAAGAUAGUGUAGGCCCCGCUAGCUGUUCCCCGGCAGACCCCAAGCAGCUGGG